AUGGUCGGGACUGAACAGGCCGAGAGCCUUCGGCGCAAAUCGGAUUCGACGGACGACGACAUCGAGACCAAGUCUUCAGCGAUGACUUCCUUAGAGCCGCCGCAAAGCGCCGAGAAACAAGUCCUCUAUCCCACAAUCACACGCGCCGAUGCAGAAGGCGACGUAGAGAUCGAAACAGAAGAUGCGAGCGUUUCCGAAGUUAGCGUGGCUCCUCGAGGCCCAUCUCGCUCACCGGAUAAUGCUCGAGAAUUUGGGAGUGGCGCCUCUCUUUAUGCACCGUCGCGCUUCCCCAAACGAUUAGAUACAAGGCCGAAGUUUACUGUAAUAGGGGAUAGUAUUAUGGAGGAGGAGAGUAUAGAUUUAGCUGCCUCUACUCGAUCUUUAAUCGAGCGGUACCUCGAUUAUAACGAAGAAAACGGUCGGCGGUAUUGCGGCAGCUACUACAUGCCGAAUGACGACCUUGAACAGACGCGAUUAUAUCUAUCCCACCAAGUCUUUCUACACAUGCUCGACGGCGAGCCCACCACAGUGCCUCUGACCGACCCGAAGCUCAUCCUCGAUAUUGGCACCGGAACAGGCGACUGGGCGAUACAAGUGGGCGAAAAGUUCCCCAAAUGCGAAGUGAUCGGCACCGACAUCUCAGCCAUGCAAUCUACAUGCCCUCCUUACAACGUAUUUUUCGAGAUCGAAGAUGCCGAGGAGCCGUGGCUACGCCAACCUGACUCGGUCGACCUCGUACACAUGCGCCACCUCGCCGGCGCCUUCCGCGACUGGCGCUUCAUCUACGAACAAGCCUUCGAGUGUAUCAGGCCCGGCGGCUGGAUCGAAGUUCAAGAAUUCAACGACGAAAACAACUGGAAAUACAUCAUCUCCGAUUUCCCCGAAGACGCGCCCAUACGCAAGCUCGCAAGAGACCUCUUCAUCGCCGGCAUCAAGGCCGGACGACCCCGCGGCGUCGCGCACCUCGACACCAAAUAUCUCCACGAGGCCGGCUUCGUCGACGUCAACGUGCAGGAUUUGGACAUACCCAUCUCGACCUCAACGGGGUCAGCGGGAAGGAUCUGGCUCAUGACCGUCGUGGACGGACUCGAGGCUUCCUGUCUGCGGCCUCUUACGAAGUACAUGGGGUGGGACCCGGACGAGACGAAGAGGUGCUGCGAGGAGUCGGCGCACCUAAUUGCCAAGUACUCCAAGGAUCCGGAAAAGGCUGGGAAUUUGACGAUUAAAGUGCGUAUCGUCACGGCAAGGAAGCCGGAUGUCCCUGCGGGUUGGGACGGCGAAGAUAUGUAUCUGCAAAACGAUAUUUACAUGCAGACGGAUGGGGCGGGGGCGUCGGCGGAGCAACUUAGCCUCUUUACGACUGAUACGAGGACGUCUGUGCCUGGGGAGAGGACGCCGGUCGAGUCUAUCGCCGAAUAUGAUGAGGACGAUGACGAGACGCCUACGCAGGACUCUCUGCCGGAUGGCGUGAGGAAUGGAGAGGUUAAUGGCGCGGGGCGGAGGACUACGAUAACAGCAGCCGAUGCUAUGGAUCUCGACGGUCGACCAAAGUCUAUGAUACACUGA